AAUGCAGUCAAAACGUCAUGACCUUUGAUCGCAUAAUUUUUGUGAAAUUCAUGUCCACAUGUAGGCGCAAAUCGGACAAUUUUUAACCACUUAAUGCAAUGAAUUUUGAAAGUCGACUUGACAAAAGUGAUCCGCUGAACGUACCCAUGAACAGGAUAGCAAUCUGCAGAGAGGAGAAAUCAAUCAUAGCUCACUGUGUUUCGGGCUCUGCUGUUCAGUCAUAGCUCACUGUGUUCAGGCUCUGCUGUUCUCAUGUAGUGCACUGGAUAAAGUUUGCACGGUCCGGAAUGCGCGAGACCAAAUUCGUCUAUUGGUUGUGUCAACAAUAGUUAUCGUUGUAUUGAGUUCUAGGCACCACCAGCAUCACUAGUACCACGCAAACGAGGAAACCGAAGUUACGACGGGCUUGUUUGUCUGCAUUCUGCAGGGAAUGUUUCCCAAGGAGAGACCCACUUUCUACCGACAGGACCUCAACAAGACGAUAUGGGAGGUCCCGGAGCGGUACCAGACCCUGUCCCCGGUCGGCUCGGGAGCCUACGGGUCCGUCUGCUCGUCGUAUGACGUGAAGUCGGGGCUGAAGAUAGCGGUGAAGAAGCUGUCGAGGCCGUUCCAGUCCGUCAUCCACGCUAAGAGGACCUACAGAGAACUACGACUCCUCAAACACAUGAAACACGAGAACGUGAUCGGCCUGUUGGAUGUGUUUACGCCCGCUACCAGCCUAGAAGAGUUCAACGAUGUGUACCUGGUGACCCACCUGAUGGGGGCGGACCUCAACAAUAUCGUCAAGUGUCAGAAACUGACGGACGACCACGUUCAGUUCCUCAUAUACCAGAUCCUCCGGGGUCUCAAGUAUAUCCAUUCAGCAGACAUCAUCCACAGAGAUCUGAAGCCCAGUAACUUGGCAGUGAAUGAGGACUGUGAGCUCAAGAUCCUGGACUUUGGUUUGGCGAGACACACUGAUGAUGAGAUGACGGGUUACGUAGCAACCAGGUGGUACCGCGCCCCAGAGAUCAUGCUUAACUGGAUGCACUACAACAUGACAGUUGACAUCUGGUCGGUGGGCUGCAUAAUGGCGGAGCUGCUAACCGGAAGGACGUUAUUCCCCGGCACCGACCAUAUUAACCAGCUGCAGCAGAUCAUGAGGCUGACAGGUACACCCCCGGCCUCUGUCAUUAGCCGGAUGCCCAGCCAUGAGGCCAGAAACUACAUUAACUCCCUUCCCCAGAUGCCCAAGAGGAACUUUGCUGAUGUGUUCAUUGGCGCUAACCCACUAGCGGUGGAUCUGUUAGAGAAGAUGUUGGUUCUGGACACUGAUCAGCGGAUCACAGCGUCAGAAGCCCUGGCCCACCCCUACUUCUCCCAGUACCACGACCCAGACGAUGAACCAGAGUCUGAGCCAUACGACCAGAGCUUUGAGAGCCGUGAGCUGGAGAUAGAGGAGUGGAAAAGGUUGACCUAUGAGGAGGUUUGCAGCUUCGAGCCCCUGCCAUUCGACGGAGACGAGAUGGAGUCCUGAGGGAACUAGGGUGAUGUCAUUGAUAAUCUUGCUGCCUUCUCCUUCUCUUAUGGAAUUGUGUUGAGGAGGAAGUGGCAUGUAGACAUUGAACUCGGACCAGUUAUGCGUUUCCUCCCCUAAUGGUUUAGGUUAGGAUCUGGGAGUAGGUUAAGCUUAUCUUAGAUCAGAAUUUAGAGUCGACUUCCUCCCAGAGUACACAACCUUGUGUGAGGACUAUCAACUCUCCGGACUAUUUAACAACAAACAAAUGGGAAACCACGACAUUCAAGUGUCUGUCGUCGUUCAUUUCUGGGGUCAUUCUCGGGUUAGAGAUCAAGGGUUAAAGGUGACCGACCCCACCCUCCCGCUUGCUAUAUUAUAUUAUAUUGUCUAUGUUUUGGUCUCUGGGCCGAACUGGGGAAAUUACUUUGUAAUAUUGUAUCUACUGUUUGUGUGUUUAGAAUAUCUGUUAAGUUAGCUUCAGAUUUUCACAUGAUUUGCUAAAAAGUAUCUUAUUUAACAAAUUCCUGGAAAUGGUGCUCAGUUCAAUAUGGCAAAAACAAUCAACCACAUUAUUUAAUUUAAUAAACAACUGGUACCUUCAAACAUUUAUUUAUGAUUUUAGGUUGGUAGUGUAUAGCCAGAUGUUAUUUUACCUCCUUUUGGAUCGAAUUCAGUAGGAAACCCAACAGUGUAAAUCACCUCUGCCCUUCUCUGACAAAAGUUCUGUCUCCACAGUCAAACUGUACUCUGUUGUUAUGCCUGCCAGUGUUUUACAUAUGUAAAUAAGGCUGCACUCUUGUAAAUAAAUGGUACUAUGCACACAGUAAUACUGCCGAGAAGUCGCGAUUAUAAUCGAGCACAUAGCCCCACCCACCCUUCUCUCACUGAUUAGAACACUGCCCCCAGUGACAGGAACAGUUUAGGAAUGACUGGCAGGUUCCAUGCCCAAUCAGGUGGAUUUUUCUUAGAGUGGUGUGUCCCUUAUGAGAAUGACGAUACAACCUUUUGAUGUCCAUCUUUUCUCUCUAAUUCAAUCACGCAGAAAGAGAGAGGGGGUAGAGGGCUGGGGAGUUUUGUAUUUGCUUAUCCUGCCCCUUUCAACUUAUUUCAUCUCUUUUUUUUCUACCCAUCUCUGUUUCUUUUUCACUCCAUCUUUGUAUCAUUGCCUCCUCGAACGCUUGUUACGCUGUCCUGUCCUCUGUUCUGUGUGUAGUCUAUUAGAAGCGAGGGGAGGGAUCUUAUGUCACUGUCACAAAAGGAUAUUUGUUAAAUCAAAUCCAAUUUUAUUUGUCACAUACACAUGGUUAGCAGAUGUUAAUGCGAGUGUGGCGAAAUGCUUGUGCUUCUAGUUCCGACAAUGCCGUAAUAACCAACGAGUAAUCUAACCUAACAAUUCCACAACUACUACCUUAUACACACAAGUGUAAGGGGAUAAAGAAUAUGUACAUAAAGAUAUAUGAAUGAGUGAUGGUACAGAACGGCAUAGGCAAGAUGCAGUGGAUGGUAUUGAGUACAGUAUAUACAUAUGAGAUGAGUUAUGUAGGGUAUGUAAACAAGGUGGCAUAGUUUAAAGUGGCUAGUGAUGCAUGAAUUGGAGGGCGGUCUGGGAAAUGAACCUGAACAUUCUGUAAUGUUCACAACCACAUAUACUUACUUUGAACUUGCGAGAAGUGGGAGAUGCGGUGAAGAAACACUAGCAUAUUUUAUCAUCGGACCCAGCUUUGCCGGCUGAAUUUAAAAAUCCACCCCUUAUUUGUGUAUAGGAGAGGUCGAAAUUUACGCGAUAAGUUGAUUCAUGCCAACUGCCAGUCACAAAAGAAAAUCAGCCAGGCUCUUUUACGCCCUCUUCCAAAUGGUAGCUAUAGAUGCAGAGGAUGCGCACAGUGUAACAAUACGAUGAAGUGUGAAUAUUUCUGACACCCACAUACUUGAAAAUGGUUCCAAAUAAAUUACAUUAUUAUGGGUUCCACCACCCAUGUUAUUUACAUUAUUAAAUGUCCAUGUGGGCUGUGCUAUGUCGGUAAAACCUCUCGUUCAAUCAAACAGAGAAUCAGUCAACAUAAAAGUUCAAUCAGGAGAAACGACAGGGAUUAUCUAGUCGCAGUACAUUUUAAUGACCUAAAGCAUGACAUUUCUACUUUUUUAGAUUUUGUGGCAUAGAGAAAGUUAAGAUAUCAGACAGGGGAGGUGACAUUAAUAAUACUCUGAGUAAAAGAGAAUGUUUUGGGAUUUUCACCCUCCAGACAUUAUUUCCUCAAGGUCUUAAUGAUGAAAUGCCUAUGUAUGUUAUGUUGUGAAUUUGAACUUGAAUUAUGCCCCUAUUUAAGAUUACUUUGAUGUUUUUCGUACGAUGUACCCAAUGAUUUUUUUUAAACAUGCUCGGUAGGUCUAUGUCCUCAUUGUGGUUUUACAGACGUGUUUAAAACGUCUUAUUUACACACUUUAUUUUAAUAUUUAUGAAAUGCAUAUUGUUAUAUUUGGUAGCACUUAUUUUUCCUUUGCCUCCAACCCCCUUCGAUGCGUGGAACGGAUGUGGGUGAGGCUAGGUCUAACCCCCUGCGUAUGUGGGUGGGGCUAGGUCUACAUAAAGGUGUUAAUUUGAAAAAAACUCACAAAAGCUCUGACGAAGGCCGUGAGGCUGAUACGUAAGCUUAUUAAAGAUCAGUGAUACUAUCAA